AUGGCCAAACUAAGGGAAAACCCACUGAACUUUGGGGAGCCCCCACAUCACAGCAUCUGUGGGAACGUGAGCAAGAAACUCAAGAUCCAAGGAUCCGUCCUCCCAGGUGUAAAGGGACAAGGAACCCCCAUCAGCCAAGCUGGCGAGACCUCAAGUCCGCUCUACAGGGUACGCAGCAUCCCUCAGUCGACCCGCGAGGCAGCUGAACAGGCGGGAAACCGGAGCCGCCCCCGCAGCCUCCCGGGACCCUCUGCCGCGGGUGGCGCUCCUGAAGUUUCCCACAGGGCUGUGCGCCGCGCGGAACGCUCGACCGCGCGCGCUUCCGCUGGUUGCCAGGAGACCCUGCCCAGCCAGCUCCUCCAAUCAGGACGCGUCUCUCUGCACCCAAUCACAGAAGCCGAGAGGCCUGUAGUUAGAGGGGAAAGGUCACGCUGCUGUUUGGCGGCCAUUUCUCUGGAAGCUUCGCGGUUCGCGCCGGGCCGGAGUUUCUCCCGUCACGAGGGACGGACUACAGCUGGGUCGGCGGCGAGCGGCCUGCAGCGUUGGCUUGUGGUCGCAAUGAGUUUGCCUCUCAAUCCGAAACCUUUUCUGAAUGGAUUAACAGGAAAGCCAGUAAUGGUGAAACUGAAGUGGGGAAUGGAGUACAAAGGCUACCUCGUAUCUGUAGAUGGCUAUAUGAACAUGCAGCUUGCAAACACAGAAGAAUACAUAGAUGGAGCGUUGUCUGGACAUUUGGGUGAAGUUUUAAUAAGGUGUAAUAAUGUCCUUUAUAUCAGGGGUGUUGAAGAAGAGGAAGAAGAUGGAGAAAUGAGAGAAUAGCAUCUUUUGUGGGGAAUGUUUUUUAUAUAUAUUUCUAGACAAUAAACUUUUUUUUUUCAACUUGA